CUGCUUUAAAGGGUUAAAGUUCAUCUCUAUAGGCUACUAGUAAGCCUGCGCCAAGAGUUUGACAAUAUGGGGAAGUUAACAGUACUCUCGCUUUUUGUUGUAGCUCUUGCAGCUUUGAUCGGAGAAAGGCUCAUUGCACUAAGGCAUGUAACGCUUUCUUCCAGAGAAUUAACCCAGAACCACCUUCCAAACUGUUUCAUAAUAAAGGGCAUAGAGUUUGGGGCUGAAGAUAUUUCUAUACUUGAGGAUGGACUGGCCUUUCUGAGCACUGGCUUGAAGUAUCCAGGCUUACCAUCCUAUUCAGAUGACCCUGGAAAGAUUUAUACCCUGAAUCUGGUGGAUUCUGGAAUGAAUAUUGAAGCAUUGAGCAUCAAAGGGGAAUUUGACAAAGACUCCUUUAAUCCACAUGGAAUCAGCAUGUACACAGAUGAAAAAGAUGGUGCCAUAUACCUAUUUGUUGUUAAUCAUCCUCAAGGCAAAAGUCAUGUGGAGAUUUUCAGAUUUAUUGAGGAAGAAAACUCUCUUCAAUACAUCAAGACCAUUAGGCAUGAACUCCUGCACAAUGUGAAUGACAUAGUAGCUGUGGGUGCUGAAAGCUUUUAUGCCUCCAAUGAUCACUACUUCACUAAUGGGAUUCUCAAGUUUCUGGAACCAUUGCUCUCUUUGGCCUGGUGUGAUGUCAUCUACUACAGUCCUGACACAGUGCAAGUUGUGGCUGAGGGAUUCUCUUCUGCCAACGGCAUAAAUAUCUCCCCCAACAAAAGACAUUUGUAUGUGUCAGAUAUUCUGAAGCACAAAAUUGUUGUCAUGGAAAUACAGAACAACACACUAUUGUCUCAUGUUAAGGAAGUUGAUGUGGGGUCACUUUGUGACAACAUUGAGGUGGACCGUGAAUCUGGUGAUCUAUGGCUGGGCUGCCACCCAAAUGGUCACAAAUUCAUGCGUUGUGAUCCAAGUGAUCCACCUGGCUCUGAGGUUAUCAAGAUUCAAGACAUCCUCUCUGAAAAGCCACAGGUGAUUCAGGUAUAUGCAGAUGAUGGCAGUGUGAUCAUUGGUUCGUCAGUGGCAGCCCCAUAUGGAGGAAAACUAUUAAUUGGAACAGUUUAUCAGAAAGCUCUUAUCUGUGACCUUAGGGAAGACUAAAUAAAGUUAGGUAUGAAUAUGAAUACACUGUUGACAUUAACACCCUACACUAUCAACCUGGAUUCUUCGUUAUUUUAAACCGUAAGUGUGUUUUAAAUGCAGAGUAACUCGACUGGAUUAUAAAUGAUAUCAUAAAUACUAUGAACUGCAUCAUAUGUUUUGAGGCUCCUUAGGCAGUAUAAACUAACUGCUUAAGGCUUAGUAAAGUCAACAAUCUUUUCUUUUCAAGAGCUGAAAUAUUCUGGGUCUAAAACUCCAGCAACUAAAGCUGUAAUGUUACACUGUGCUGUGCAAUUUAAGAUAAAAGGCAGAGCAAAGUUCCUCAGGUUAACCCCUUGGGGCUCUCUCUCUGUGUUUUAAUGUAUAAUUACCAUUUAUGCUUGUGUGUCUUACAUGUAGAAUUCAAAUGGGGUCUUAUAUAGAGUAAUUUAUUAACUUUAAAAUGGAUAUAAUAAAUGUAGUUAUAUUUGAUAUAAUACAUUAAAGUGCCUUGACAAACGAAA